AUGGAAAACAACACUGUUUCCUUUUACUUUAACCUCACUAUGUUUGUGAAAAUUGGACACUACCACUAUCCAGCCUUUGUCUUUUGCCUUCUGCUCUACAGCUUUAUUGUCUCUGCUAAUUUUGUCAUAAUACUGGUGAUAUUGCGAGAAAGAACGCUGCAUGAGCCCAUGUAUAUGUUUAUUGCUUUGUUAUCUGUCAACUCUCUGUAUGGUUCUGCUGGUUUCUUCCCCAGAUUCCUCAUGGACCUUUUGUCUGAUUCUCACUUGAUCUCACGUCCAGCUUGUUUCACUCAGAUCUAUGUUAUUUACACAUAUGCUUCCUAUGAACUGACUAUCCUCAGUAUUAUGGCUUAUGAUAGAUAUGUUGCUGUUUGUCAUCCUUUACACUAUCACAGAAAGAUGACCUCUAAAAUGGUUUUUAACUUGGCAGCAGUGGCUUGGGUUUUUCCAGCCUUUGGUCUUAUAGCAUGCAUUUCUCUGUCUGCCAGGCUUCCUUUGUGUGGUAAUGAGAUACAAAAAGUGUUUUGUGCCAACUGGAAUGUUGUAAAAUUAUCAUGUGUCACCACUGUGGCCAACAAUAUUGUAGGUAUGCUUUUGACCAUAGCAACAGUUUUUCUUCCCCUUUUUUAUGUGCUGUACACCUAUUUGCGAAUUGUAAUAGUUUGCUGGAAGAAAUCAGCAGAAUUCAAAGGGAAAGUAUUACAGAGCUGUCUGCCACACAUGGUUUCAUUUGUUAUUUACUCCAUCACAGGAUUUUGUGAUAUUGCCUUGAGCCGGUAUGAUGUUCAAGAUAUCAACCCAUUUGUGGCUGUAAUUUUAUCACUGGAGUUUGUUGUCAUUCCUCCAGUUCUGAAUCCUCUUGUGUACGGGCUCAAGUUACCAGAAAUCAGAAGACACAUUUUAAGGAUGUUACCAAGUUAUAAGCAAUAA